AUGGUCAAUGGAUUGCUCAACCCAAAGGGACGAGCAGAGCUAGAAGAGCAUUCGCAUCGCUCAACCGAUGACACUUCUGGUUCUACAAAUGCCUACGAUGCUACCAGAAGUGCUGCCAACAACGUCCCUGGCGCUCAGCCAUACUCACCUGAAGAUAUUCGCGGAGCAGCAGAGGCACCAGCACACACUCCUCCUUGGCCCUCGCCUAGUAUCGCCAUGACCAGCCCAACUCCUUCCAACUCGUCACUGUGGAUGACCCCUGGGAUGGGAACGCCUAAGGUGCCAUCACAGUACGUUGCAUACACACCGUACACUCCAUCUUCGAGCUACUCUCCUAGUGGACAGCCACCAUCUAGUCUCCCUCAAGCAAAAUACAGAGGCGAAAACACAACACAAGGAUUGCCAUUGGCAGAGCUAGAGGCGCACGAGGUGGGCAGAGCACAGUAA